CUUGCCCGACCGCCGUCCUUGCCGGAGCGCAGCGCGGGCCUGGCGGGAGGUGAGAAGCCCUUCAAGUGCGAGUUUGAGGGCUGCGACAGGCGCUUCGCCAACAGCAGCGACAGGAAGAAACACAUGCAUGUCCACACCUCGGACAAGCCCUACAUCUGCAAGGUGUGCGACAAAUCCUACACCCACCCCAGCUCACUUAGGAAACACAUGAAG